AUGUGCCUGGUGAUGCUGUCGAGGGAUGUGAACUGGAAGGGAAGAUUCAGUUACAAAAGCGAUGAAAUUGAAGAGGAAGAUGAAGAGGAAGAGGCGGAGAAUGGAGGAGAAAUCAAGAGGAGGGCGGAAAUCGAGGAGGAAGAUCAAGGGAUCAUGGAAAGGGGAAGCAGAAUUCGCGGGAAGAAGUUGAAGUGCGAGAAAUGCACGAAACAGUUCCGAUCGUCACAGGCAUUGGGAUCCCACCGCCGGAUUUGCUCAACGGAACCCAUUGCCAGAGUUCGGGGAGGAGAGGGGGAACAGGUGAAUGGGUUGGUUCAGGGGUUCGGUUCGGGUCAGGGGUUGAUUGGGUUUGGGUGGACUUUUAAAAUAUGGAGGGGUUAA